CCUUACAUACUUGCAGAGAAGAAAACUGGAUUGCUUAUUCAUUCUUCAAACAUUCAGAGUUCCCAAAGGAUCAUGGGAAUUCCUACAUGAAGCCCCCGCUCCUGCUUGCCUACAAACAUAUCCUCUUGGCUUCACAGCAAGGAACAAUGCACUACAGUUGGAAACUGGCAACAUUCUAACUCUUAAGGAGGGUUUCUGAUUCGUCUCACUUUCACUGCAGAGAAACUAACUUUUAUUCUGUCCUCACAAAGGAGCAACAAGGAGUGUCUUGUGUCAGUUAUUUGUCUGUGUACAAGUGCCUAUCCUUGAAAGGGAACUGCCUGUACUGGGCCUGAAGAUAGUGCAACAGUAAUUUAUAGAAUCACUUUCUCCUAUGAUGUCUGAUGAAGUGACCUAUGCAACGCUUAUGCUUCAGGAUUCUGCGAGAGUGAGAAGUAAUUGGGAUGGAAAUAACCUAAGAAAAGGAGAACACGUAGCUCAAUCCUCCAUUUGGCGAGGUGCUGCCUUGAGCCUGAUGACCCUCUGCCUGUUGCUGGUGGCAGGACUGGUGACCUUGGGGAUUAUAUUUUUGCAGAUGUCAAAUGAUAUUACCUCAGAUUCAGAGAAGUUGAAUCAACUUCAGAAAAUCAUCCACCCACAGCAGGACAAUCUGUCUGAGCCACUGAACAUCUCCAGGAAUGGUCCCUCAGAGGAAUACCUCCAGUCCCAGAUCUCUGCCCUCCUGGAGAGACAGGAGCAGAUGGCUACCAAGCUCUGCAAGGAAUUCCUCAUUCACACUUCUGACCAUAAGUGCAACCCCUGUCCCAAAAGCUGGCAAUGGCAUGGAAACAGCUGCUAUUAUUUCACAAUCCACGAAGAGAAAACCUGGAGUGACAGCAGAAAGGACUGCACAGACAAGAAUGCCACUCUGGUGAAGAUUGACAGCUUCAGAGAAAGGAAUUUCCUUCAGUCACAACCAUCACUCCCACUCUCUUUCUUUUGGCUGGGAUUGUCCUGGAACUCAACUGGCAGGCACUGGGUGUGGGAAGAUGGUUCAACUCCCUCUCCAACCUUAUUUAGCUAUCAGGAGCAGGCCAGGUUCAACGGAUCCAGAGGGUGCGCUUAUUUUGAAAGAGGGAAUGUUUACAUUUCUCGCUGUAGUGCUGAAAUUUCUUGGAUUUGUGAGAAGACAGCUUCCCUGGUGAAGAUUGAAGAUUUGGUUUGAUCUGACUCAUCAAGAGGAAGGGCCUGUUGCCAACCCAUGUGAGAAAGGAGGAAGCUAUGGUAUUUGAGUCAAAAACCGACUAGAAAGUGGCUGUAUUUCAACUAUCCCAUAGACGAACUUGCCUCACAGAGCAUUCUCCACUUGACCGUCUGAGCCUCUGACCUGCUGUUCUCAUGACUCAGGUCUAAAAAUGAUCCCGAGUACCCAGGGAGGGGCAUGUCAUUUCAGUUUGUCUCUCAAUAAACAUGGCAAUACUUAUGUUUUAACCACCAGACCAACAUGGGCCACUGUAAGGGAGCAAGUUCCAGGAGAGCCCUGUUGUAAAGACUACCCAAUCAUGUAGCGCUUUCAGGGAGUCCAAAGUGAAUGAGCUGGGACAGCGGGGCUGUAUGGCUGAACUGCAAACGCUUCGCUUUUUAGAGACUGUCUGUCUGAACCCAUUGAACAGGCUAAGUGUCACCUCCAUGUACAGAGUAACUCGGCUUUGUCUGCCUAUGAAGGGACACUACCAAUUCUCAUAAUUGAUAACCUAGAUGAAGAGGGAUGGACACUGUCUUAAGUCCUUUGAUCAUUUAUUUAAACCAAUAAUAUUCAGGCUAUUGA